UUCAGCACUGUAGCCCCAGUUAUUGCUCCACUGCUUUGAAACAGUUCUGAUUAGCCUUUCUGUAGAGAUCUGUCAGUAAUGAAUGAUAUUAUAUCCUGAAAUUGUGGAUUUUAAUUAAGAUCGAAGUAACAGCUCUUGUGAGUUUGCUUAUGUUUGAAGACUAAAAAACAAAAACCGAAAAACAGAACUAGCAGCUAUGUUGGUCAAAGGAAUGUUCUUCAUUUCAAUGACAGCUCUUCUUGUUGUGCCAGCUGUUCAGGAGUUGGAGUUUAAAGUCCAUUACUCCUGUGAUCAGAUCUGUGCAUUGAGAGGAAGCUCUGUGGUCAUGCCGUGCUCAUAUUAUUAUCCCGAGCACAGUGGGAACACAGAAGUAACUAUCCAAACUGUCAAGUGGUUUUGGUUGCCUGACACUGGUCCCAUAUCUACUGAUUCAUCCAUAUAUGUGUACCAUAGUACUGAGAGCCUUGUGAGUCCUCCAUUCAAACACCGGACAGAGUAUCUGGGGAACAAAGUCAGGAACUGCAGGUUAAAGAUGCGGGAUCUGCAAAGCAGUGACACUGGAAGAUAUUAUUUUAGAUUUGAAACACAUCCCCCUCAAACUAAAUUUACUGGCACUCCUGGAGUGGACCUUUCUGUAACUGAGCCAAAGGUUAUCCUGGACCCUCCAGUUCUAUAUAAUACUGUGAAAGAAGGAUCUUUUGUUUCUCUGACCUGUGGCUUUGACCGCUGCCCCCUGAGUGAGAGUAGCUUUGUCUGGUACAGGGAGGAACAACCAAUCCGGAACACAACAUCAAACAAACUUCAGUUCAAUGUUUCUUCUAAACAUUCUGGAAACUAUUACUGUGCUACACAUGAGAACAGCAAUAUCAAAUCUAAAGCAUUCAAGUUGAAUGUGAAAUACCUUCCAAGGAACACCUCGGUCUCAGUCAGUCCUCCUGGUGAAAUAGUGCCUGGGAGUCCAGUGACUCUGACCUGCAGCAGCAAUGCAAACCCACCAGUCAGCAGCUACACCUGGUUUAAGACGAGUAGAAACCAUGUGGUGAAGUCAGGUCCUGAACAGAGUCUCAUCUUUGAAAACAUAAGCCUCCAUGAUAGUGGAGAGUACUACUGUGAAUCCAUCAAUGAGAUUGGAAGAAGUGUAUCUCUGGUAGUGCCAUUAAUUGUAAACUGUAAGUACUGCCUGUCUGGCUGGAAUGGGCAGCCUAGUCAUGUUAUUGAUGAUGAAUCAUAUAUCACAUGGAUCCUUUAGGACCGACUUGAGAAAAGUUUUGAGAUCAAUUAGCAACUCCUAGGAACUGGACAAGCAGAGAUCUUGUGUUUCUAUAUUCUUCAUUAACACUGGUACUGAUUGCUUGUGAGUUUUUUUCUAACCAAGUCACAUUAAGGGAUACAUUCAUGAUCAAUCCCUUUCACUGCAGAUGGUCCAAGGUACUCAUCAGCCUCUAUCUACCCUGGUGACUGUAAUGCAUCAGUUACUGUAAUCUAAUGCAGUCUAGCUAGAUAGAUGCUUUAUAUACAGGAGCGCACUCACUUGGGAAGUGACUCAACAAAUGCAUCUGAUUUUUUGGCUCCCUCUUCUGGAACAAAAAAUGUAAAUGUGACCAAGAUACCAUAUUUCACAAGAACAAAACCAGCCAGGUUAGAAUAAAGGGUUCAGCUCAAAGAACUGAUGAUUUACGAGAUCCUUGUGAUCAGCAUGAGCUACAGAACCUUUUGACAAGUGUUGUGAAUCCCUGCAGAGCAGCUGGACAGGACAAAUGCUCUUUGUUUUGUAAUGGUGACUACCAGGACAGCAAACACAUAUUGUGUGUUGGAAAUGUGUGUAACGGUGCAUUUAUCACUGGUCCCUUACUUUUUAAUGCAUGCAUUUAAGACUGGAGAAUGUACAGAUACUAAAGUAUUUUUUCUGUCUCAUUUUCUUUUAUUUCAGCUACAAUGAAAACUAUAGUAAUUAUAAUAAUGGGACUAAUAGCAG